AUGUCAAAACAAAUGACUAAACAUGUCGUGCCAAUAAUUCUGAAAUCAUUUAGCUUAGGCCUGGUGAUUGCUGCAGGUGGGCUUUGGGCUUGUUCAGGAGUUGAUUCAAGACCGAUUUACAAAGACCAACAAGUUUUGAUAGGCGGGACGAUAUGGAGCCAAAUAGUAAUACCUCUGGGAUUGAUUAUUUCUAAAGUUGUCGAAGAUAACUUGGAUAAUUUUGUACACGGAUACUUUUUGAUUUCCGGAGCUAUUCUUUUGGGUGGGACCGGCGCGGUUCUGAUUGUUGGCGAGUACAAGAUUAUACAAAGACGACAAAGAAGAGCUCUCCAACAAGAACCACCAGUUCCUCCGAAAUUGAUUAUUAAAGAGAAAGACAAAGUUAAUAUCGUGAUUAGCAUUAUUGUGUUGAUAGCAGCGUUAUUUACGUUUUCCGAAUUUUUAAUUGUGAUUUUUAUGGAUUAA